AUGCGCAACCUAACCGCUUCCUCCCUGCCUGACCAUAGGUCCUGGUGUGGGUCCACCAUAAAAUUCCACCUAACCUUCGUUCCCGUUACGCCCUGCUCCGCCGUGAGCAAUGUGCUCGACGCCCUCGGUGCCCAGACAAGCCUUCGUGGUGCUUCCUCUUUCAUCGUCUAUUCACAGACGAAUGAGACGCUGGGGCAGCUGCGGUCUCGUCUGUUGAUGCUGCGUUUGCGUCAGUUGGGUGUCCCGCUGACAGCUGAGCUCAGAGACAGUGACAGCAGUGCCGACCAAUCCCGGGAUUUCCCCUUCCUCUCUCGUCUGCGAUUGGACAUCAGCCAUCCGGAUAGCCAGUGCAACGCCGCUCCCAAUCACAUGGCGCUCAUCUCUUACUUUAUGCAAAUUGUGCGUAAAGUAGAGGCCUCACCCUCUUCAGAGUAUCGUUUAGUGGGACGUCUUUGUACAGUAGAUGCAAGCCCAGUACUCCCUCAGCAGCAGCAGCAACAACAAAAACCUAUUGCCUUUUCCGGUCUACCAGUUUAUGGGCCGGACCCCGCACCCAUGGACUACUUUAUAAACACAGAACAGUCCACUUAUCAGCGCCACCGCACCGACUCUACCGGGCAUCCCGAGCUAGCGUCUGAGGAAUUCCGAACCAAUACCCUAGUGGCAACACCUUUGCAGGUGGCCAACCAGCGUAAACGCUCCUCUUCCUUCAAGACUCACCAGUCCCCUUCGCUGUCACCGAUUGGUCAGCUGAGACGCUCGGCUAGCGCCAAAAAGCUGACAGUCGCGCCUGCACCCCAACUUGACACCCAUGGGCAGUUAUACGAUGGAGAAGAUGGUUUUCAGCCAGAGGCUAACCUCCCGGGUUGCCUUAUCUCAGAGGACCAGACUUAUGUGAGACUGCUUUUCGACAUUGGCAAUAUGGCUCUCCUCGCGAACCAUAAACCUCUGCGAGAUGGCAUCAUUGACGUGCUCUUCUCUUUGCCCAGCGGCCCGGACUACAUGAAACAACUUUUGGAGACCUGCACAUCUUGCGACAAAUGCGAAGCAUCCGGCGAUCCUCUUCCUCCUCCUGCACCCCAAAACACUCGCUUACACGAGAUCCUUAAGACGCCCCUUGCAGACGCUCUGCCUCUCUCAGCGUUAUCUCAUGAAAACGUCAAUCAGGCAGAAUUUGUGGGUCCCACGCAAGUUUUAUACGCUCUGCAGGUAGAGGCCCUUUCCUUUUCACUUUCUUUUGCUGUGCACUGCAGAUUCCCACUUGACUUGGCUUACUUGCGUCUUCUCUAUGACAGUCCCUGUACAGCUAUCUCCAUCCUGCUCCUGGGUUCCUCUACUUCGAUUCCUCGGAGCCUCCUACCGACAACGCCCUGGUAG